AUGGUGGGGAAUUCCGUGCUCUGUGCUCUAUCCUGGGCACGCAGCAGCACAGCUGAAGGAGGAAUCCAAUUCAAGACUGCGCGCUACAUUAGAUGGGUGGAGAUGUACACGAUCGAGAUGAUCGUGAUCGAAGUGAAUUGCAAUAAGUUGUGUUCGACAGAAAUAAUGAAAAUUCCCUCUUGCGGCAUACAUUCCAUAGGCGACGGCGGUGGUGGCGGUGGCGGGGAAGACGGCUUUGGCGGAGGCGAAGGAGGAGGAAGAGGGGAGGAGGAGAUGGAGAAGCUGGAGGAAGAGGGGGAGGAUGAGGAGGAGCAAGAAGGGGUGGAUGAGGGAAGGAGAGGAGGAGGAGGGGGCCGUGAAAGAGGAGGAGGAGGAGGAGGAGAAGGAGGAGGAGAAGAAGGAGGAGAUAUGGGUCUUCAAGCGUGCGUGUACCGCCCCUCGCCCGUGGGCGAGGAGAUUCACUUGGAGCGAUGCCCGCGGGCUGCAGGGGCCAACGGAGGCACCCAGUCAAGUGUCUGCAACGUUCGUAAACGAAUAGCAGGAAUUACCUCCUUGGUUGUUGGAUAUGUAGAGCAUCUGGAAAAGGAUGUGGCUCUCCAGUUGAUUAUCUACCCCAUCGUCGAAGUUAACGUCUUCCUGUUCUCUGGCUGUACGUGA